GGAGACUGAGAAGAUUGACUGUUUAGACUCUAUUAAGAUCGAUGUUUUUCCUCAAGAAAUGGCUGUGCUUUGGUUUGCUGGCAAGACCGAAGACAAGGACUUGCAAAAAGAGACUACAGUUCAUAAUUCCACUGAGGACCAGGUGAAGGUUCAAGUUCUGGAACUCAAAUCUGAAAAAGAAGUGCUCCUAGAAGAUGUGAAGCCAGAAGAGAGGAAAUAUCCAAGUUCUGGUGGUGAACAGUUGGAGUCUUACUGUUGUCUUGCUAAAUGGUUUCAAACUUUAGAAUCUGGAAAUGGCUCGUUGUGCAUGUGCCAGAUAAAAGCAGAGUCGAGGGAGAAGGAGAUUAAAAUUGAGACCCACAGCACAAGUUUAGAGGUGCGGGAUGAAAAAGACAGUCCAGGUGAUUCUGAACGGGUGGAAAUUAAUGCUGCUGCUCUGGAAAGAACAGAUGAUUCUGAAGCCACAGAUGAUUCUGAGGAUGAGUACCCAUUGCUGCAUGAUCCUACUACAGACAAGACAAAGAUUACGAAGGACAUAUCAAGUUCUGAAGAGGUCUCUAAGGCAGAGACUGAAAUUUCAGAGCAGAAAAGAAAUGAAUCGCCCACAAAAUGUGCAACAACCAUGACUCCUAUGAAUGAGAUUGAGCAAGUCACCCCAGCUCCUGAUUUGAAGACCAACACCGUAUGUCUUGCACUGUAUGGGUCGUCUUCUGAAAAAGGAAACCAACUAAAGCUAAUUAAAAGAUUCAAAGAGAAAUCAAGUUGUGAACCACCCCCAAAAACUCUUCAAGUUAUCGUAAGCUCUCACCAGAAGGUUAAAAACAACAGCAAGUCAAAGAAGCGCAAAUGUGUGGAAUCAGAAGUUGAAGAUGCUACUGACAGGAAAGAGCGCAUACAAAGAGCAUCCUUGCAAAAUCUGGUUCAGCGUAAAUCCUUGCCCUCACAUCUGGUUUCUGGACUCCGUAAAAAUAGACUUUCAUCUACCUCAUUCAGAAAACUGCUCAGUCAAAGUGCUAAUGUGCAAGGGCUAAUGCGAAAGAGACAGCAUAAGCAUACAACGCAACAAAUUUCAAUGAAUAAAUAUAUCAUUAGAGGGAAGACUGUGCCAUCCGAUUUAUUGCAUUCACCCGAUAAUGUGAAGAAAAGUAAAUAUGAGUUGGGGAACCCUGCUUUGAUGCCAUUGGAUGAGGGUCCUACUUUGGAGUUCAAAGUAUUGCCAGAGACUUUUAGCUUAGAAGACGGAACUGAACUUAAUGGCGCUCAAGCCGACACAUCACAGACUUUGCAAAAUGAGACGUCAGGCCCAGAAGAAAAAGCCAAAAGGAUGAAAACUAGCCAUUUGCCAACCCAAGGUGUCUGGAGUUUCAGUCCCUUGAAGAAAAAGUGCACUCAACCCACCGAGGACACUGAUGUCUCGGGGUCAUGUAGCCUCUUCCAAGAGUUCAAAAAGAAAUAUCAAGAAAAGAAGGACGUUGCCUCCAAGCAGAACUUGAAUACUAGUGAAAGAGCUUGAUUUUUUUUUUUUUCUUCUUCUAUUAAAGUGAAAGCAAAUGGGUUUAUUUUGUCAUGCGUUUACUUCCUGUGAAUGUUAAACCUAAACGGAUAUGAUAUGCAAGUGUUCAAAUACAUUUUUACUGUUUAAUUGAACUUAAUUAUUUGUAUUGUUAUAAAUGCAUCAUUUGCACAGUUCAUCCAGUUCAACAGCUGCUAGUCAUCCAGUAUUUGUGUACCAGUUUUAUGCAAUAACUACAAUUAAGAAACAUCUUUGUCAUGAAAGUGAUUUUUUUUUUGUAUAUUUUAGUGUUUCUAUUUGGAUUCCACUGGUUUGUAAAAAUGUGACAAUCUAUUUUUGUAUGAUUUUAUAAGAUUUUUUUAAAUAAAAUCUUCUGGUUUCAAAUACA